AUGGACUUUUCGCUCCUCUCCUCUAUUCCCGGUGUUGCUGAUUUGAUGCAGUACAUCAAUUUUGGUAUUGAGGACGUGCAGAUGCCACUGUCAGUCGAACCGGAGUCUCUUUUGGAAGAACAAUACGGCGUCAUGGCGGAUGCCACCCUCACGCCACAAUACUCUCCGUCACCGCCUCCUUUCAAUGCAACGGCCUGGACAACCCACAAUGCUUUCGAUCAACAGCCCUGGGAGACGAUCUGUCCUGCUCUCCUGGCUGACGAACAAGUGGACGUCACCGGAGCAUAUCCCCAUCAUGCCACAUCCAUGCACGACGAGGAGGUUGCCUCUGCUUCAUUCCUCGACUUGUUCGAGCCACUGACGGAUGCUACGGCUCCGUACAACGACCUGAUAGAGGGGAACAGCUCUUCAUCUCAGCCUGAUUCUGAGACUCCGAGCGCGUACUCUUUCUCUCACAGCCCAGCAUCGUCGGCAUAUACCACACCCUCUCCACCCUCUCCACCCCCCGUUGACCAGCCCUCAAUGGACUUUUGUACCCAACUGGAGAGGCUCACGGUCACCAGCUCAACUUCCAUCAGCCCUUUGCCAGUCGUAGGAGGUUCUAUCACGGGGCCUACCAGAGGCCUUUCGACAUCCAUGCAAAAUAGCUUUCCUUCAUCGACGCAAGCCCCGCCGGCCCCCACGCGCCGAUCCCGCAAAAUCCGUUCAUCUGCACCCAAGGACUCGAGUGCUCGACGUCACAAGCAGGCUAAACAGUCAACUAUUCUUACUAUACCUUCGCAACGCAGGCCGCGUCGUGUUCACCCCCCGGGCAAUGUGUGCCUCAUAUGCGGCCACAAGUCUCCAAAUCCAUCCACGCUCGAGAAACAUAUGUAUACGCAUAGUGACCCGAGUUUUCAAUGUCCCGGCUGCGUCAAGAGGUACUGCCAGCCGUGGGCGCUCCAGCGCCACAUCAGGACCGAGUGGAGGUAUUGCGGGCCGUAUGUUGACACGCGCCUGUGGACCACUUGCAUGCGGGCGUUCAAGCUCGAGUUGUAG